AUGGCUCUCACUCUAUUAAACUUCUUGGCUUGGCCUUUUAAGUGGAAAUGGACACUAGAAGACGUGAAGGGUACAACUGAGGAAGACACCAUCAAGCAUUCCGCCGACGACAUAUCGUUAUGGGUAGAGGAUGUCGGCUCCAUGCUCCAGAGCAUGUUGGUUAUGGCGGGCUAUCCUUCGGACUCCGAGUCGCUUCACACAAAAUUCUUUCGGGAGUCAGUGGCACGAUCAUUGGGUUCCCAUCCUAAAGGAUGUGGCCCCCCCGACAGCUGGAAGAGCUUCAUGACGGAUGAUCAUACCCCAGUCGAGCUAAGCUGGUGCUGGUCUACAUCGCUAGCAACCCCUACGGUUCGAUAUUCGGUAGAACCAAUUGGCCCGUCUGCUGGGCAGGAAGUCGAUCCUAUCAAUACAGCCGCCAGUCAGCGCCUACUUGGAGAUGCUCUCUGUUUGACCAAUGACUUAGAUUUAUAUCUCCACCGCCAUCUCCAAAGUUUGCUGCUGUCAAGAAACGAACCGGCCAGAAGGGAACAUCAAAAAUCGCUUCCUCCACAAUCACAAAGCUUCAUGGCCUUUGAUCUACUGGAAAAGUCUAUUGUUGUCAAACAAUACUACUUGCCUGCGUGGAAAGCUUUAGAAGAAGAGAAGACAAAGAUUUCUGUCAUUCGAGACGCUUUUCAAAAGCUCCCUGCACCCGCAAAGGGGUUGCUAGAUUCAAUUUAUAUCUUCAACGAAUUUCUCGACUCAUUCCCGGAUAACUUGCGACCAGUCGCCGAAAUCGUGGCCAUCGAUUGUUUGGACCCAUCCCAGUCUCGAUUGAAAAUAUACGUUCGAUCACCUUUCACGACCUUGAAAAGUGUAAUUGAGAUGUUAAGUUUAGGUGGAAGGGCCCCUAAAACACAAGAUGAGCUGGACUCUCUACGGGAGCUUUGGUGCUCGGUUUUUGAUCUAAACCCCGCGGAGUAUCUUGACGAUCAGCCUCUAAGUGAAAAGGAGCAUCGCACCGGCGGUAUUCUAUACUACUUUGAGCUAAAACGGGGUGCGAAGAUUCCUAAGUCGAAGGCAUAUCUGCCCGUUCGACACUAUGCAAAAAAUGACGAGCAGAUUGCCCGAGGACUUUCAGAAUACCUUGCCCGCCGUGGGAGGACACUAGCGACAGGAUCUUAUUAUGAUGGGGUUAAAAAGCUAUGUAAACACCGCGAUCUUGCCGAUGGACUAGGAUUUCAUACCUACAUUUGCUGGGCUUCCGAUCAAGGACAAUGGAAUGUGACUGCCUACUUUAAUCCGGAAAUUUACUAUCAAUCCGAGGUUGAAAAUGUCAAGACUGACCCAGGAAGCAAGCAUUGA